GUCCCCUCUCUCCCGUGGGAGUGUUCCCGGGCAGAGCUCCGCGCGGGCACACCUGCGUGUUUUGGGGGGUUCACGGGAGGAGGGGUUCGGCGGCCCCUGACUGCACGUCCCUGCCCCUCCCCAGGCUGGGCGGGGCCACCAAGGACACGGCGGGGGGAGCGGGAUGAGUCAGGACUGCUGGCUGCCCGCGUGGGGGAGGGGAGUUGGGGGGGUACUGGCCCUGCGCCGACCCCCCCCAGCCGGGGCAGGGUCUUGUCCCCCCACCACCUCCGCAAUGAAUCAGCAGUUUGGGGGGACGGUUCCCAGGGCCGGGCGGCCCCCGCACCCUCCAUCUCCGUCCACCUUAAGAGCGGCGCGCAGUUCCACCUUAAGGCGGAGGGGGGGGGGUGUGCGUGCGGGGGGCGGCCUCUCCCCCCUUCCCCCCCCCCUCAGCCGGUACCGGGGCUGCAGUGGCGACAGCAGCACGGUCACUGGAGCAGGGGGCAGCAGGAGCGCUGCGGAGCAUCCCCCCCCCCGCGGCGCCGCCCUCCCUCCCGCAUCCUGCAUCCCUGAGAGCAUCCUGCGUCCCUGGGUACCACCUGGCAUCCUUGAGCAGCAUCUCUGGGUACUGCCCAGCAUCACCGGGCAGCAUCCUGCAUCUCUGAGCAGCAUCCUGCAUCCUUGGGUACCACCCAGCAUCCCUGGGUACCACCCGACACCUCUGGGCAGCAUCCUGCAUCCCUGAGCAUCAUCCUGCAUCCCUGUGUACCACUUGACCCUUAGGUUGCCAGGAGCAUCCUCGGGUGCCACCUGCAUCCCCGGGUGACACCCCACCCCCUCAGGUACCCUUGAGCCUCUCCAGCCGCCCCCCAAACUCUUCUCACCGCCCCCCCGUCCCCCCAAAAUGGCCGAGCCCAGCGCCGAGUGCAGCAUCAAGGUCCUGUGCCGGUUCCGGCCCCUCAACCAGGCCGAGAUCCUGCGGGGGGACAAGUUCCUGCCCGUCUUCCAGGGCGACGACAGCGUCGUGGUGGGGGGCAAACCCUACGUCUUCGACCGCGUCUUCCCCCCCAACACCACGCAGGAGCAGGUUUAUCACGCCUGCGCCAUGCAGAUCGUCAAGGACGUGCUGGCCGGGUACAACGGGACCAUCUUUGCCUACGGGCAGACGUCGUCGGGCAAGACCCACACCAUGGAGGGCAAACUGCACGACCCGCAGCAGAUGGGCAUCAUCCCCCGCAUCGCCCAGGACAUCUUCAGCCACAUCUACGCCAUGGACGAGAACCUGGAGUUCCACAUCAAGGUUUCUUACUUUGAAAUUUACCUGGACAAGAUCCGGGACCUGCUGGACAUGACCAAGACCAACCUGUCAGUGCACGAGGACAAGAACCGUGUUCCCUACGUCAAGGGCUGCACCGAGCGCUUCGUCUCCAGCCCCGAGGAGAUUCUGGAUGUGAUCGACGAGGGAAAGUCCAACCGGCACGUGGCUGUCACCAACAUGAACGAGCACAGCUCCCGCAGCCACAGCAUCUUCCUCAUCAACAUCAAGCAGGAGAACGUGGAGACGGAGCAGAAGCUCAGCGGGAAGCUCUACCUGGUGGACCUGGCGGGGAGCGAGAAGGUCAGCAAGACGGGGGCCGAGGGCGCCGUGUUGGACGAGGCCAAGAACAUCAACAAGUCGCUCUCGGCGCUGGGCAACGUCAUCUCGGCGCUGGCCGAGGGCACGAAGGCGUACGUGCCGUACCGGGACAGCAAGAUGACGCGGAUCCUGCAGGACUCGCUGGGGGGGAACUGCCGCACCACCAUGUUCAUCUGCUGCUCCCCCUCCAGCUACAACGACGCCGAGACCAAGUCCACCCUCAUGUUCGGGCAGAGGGCCAAGACCAUCAAGAACACGGCGUCCGUGAACCUGGAGCUGACGGCCGAGCAGUGGAAGAAGAAGUACGAGAAGGAGAAAGAGAAGAACAAGGCGCUCAAGGAGACCAUCGCCAGGCUGGAGGCCGAGCUGAGCCGCUGGCGGAGCGGGGAGGCCGUGCCGGAGGCGGAGCAGCAGAGCGGGGCCGGGGAGGCCGGGCCGGGCGAGGGGACGGCGCCGGGGCCGGGACCCGCCGGGGACACCCCGCUCGACAACGGCGGCUCCUCCAUCGUCAUCCGCAUCUCGGAGGAGGAGCGGCGCAAGUACGAGGAGGAGAUCCGCAAGCUCUACAAGCAGCUGGAUGACAAGGAUGACGAGAUCAACCAGCAGAGCCAAAUCAUGGAGAAGCUCAAGCAGCAGAUGCUGGACCAGGAGGAUGUGCUGGCGGCGGCGCGGGGGGGCGGCGAGGCGGCGCGGCGCGAGCUGUCCGCGCUGCGGGCCGAGCACGGCGCGGCGCGCGCCGAGGUGGCCGAGGUGCUGGCGGCGCUGGAGGAGCUGGCGCGCAGCUACGACCGCAAGGCGCAGGAGGCCGAGGACACCGCGCGCCACAACCGCCGCCUGGCCGACGAGCUGGCGCGCGCCGAGGCCUCGACGCUGUCGCUGGAGUCGGAGCUGGCGCGGGUGCGGGAGCUGGGGGGGCAGCAGCGGCGCCGCGCGGCCGAGGUGCUGAACGGGCUGAUGCGCGACCUGAGCGAGUUCAGCCUCAUCGUGGGCAACGGCGAGAUCAAGCUGCCCGUGGAGGUGAGCGGGGCCAUCGAGGAGGAGUUCACGGUCGCCCGGCUCUACAUCAGCAAGAUCAAGUCGGAGGUGAAGUCGGUGGUGAAGCGGUGCCGGCAGCUGGAGAACCUGCAGGUGGAAUGUCACCGCAAGAUGGAGGUGACCGGCCGCGAGCUGUCCUCCUGCCAGCUCCUCAUCUCCCAGCACGAGGCCAAGAUCCGCUCGCUGACCGAGUACAUGGCGACGGUGGAGCAGAGGAAGCGGCAGCUGGAGGAGUCGCACGACGCCCUGAGCGCGGAGCUGGCGCGGCUGCAGGCCCAGGAGACGGUGCAGGGGGGGGGCGCGGAAGGACGGGGAGCAGGAUGAGACCCCCGACACGGCCGAGGUCAAGGCGCUGGCGCUGCAGCUGGAGAGCCAGCGCGAGGCGCAGCACAAGCAGCUGGCGCGGCUGCGGGACGAGGUCAACGCGCGGCAGAAAACCAUCGACGAGCUGCGGGACCUGAACCAGAAGCUGGAGCUGGAGCUGGAGAAGCUGCGGGGGGAGCACGAGGCGCUGCGGGGGGAGGAGCGCGCCAAGGCCGCGCGGCUGCAGGAGCUCAC